GGGCUGGGAGUCACGGAGCCUCAGGCCCCGUCCUCGUGGGAGCCCCGCGGGUCCAGCCCAGAUGCAGAAGACUGAGGCCUGUUAAAAACACGGAGUGCAGCCCUGGCUCCCUCCACACCCGAGAGCUCCAUGCAGGUGCCAGCGGAUGAAGAAGAUCUAGCCAGCCAACCCUGGUACCACGGUCCACUGUCCCGCCAGAAGGCCGAGACGCUUCUUCAACAAGAUGGGGACUUCCUGGUUCGCGCUUCAGGGUCCCGCGGGGGCCACCCUGUGCUCACCUGCCGCUGGCAGGGCUUGGCCCUGCACUUCGAGGUGCUCCGUGUGCCCCUGCGCCCCCGGCCAGGCCGGCCCCCCACGCUCUUCCAACUGGAGGAGGAGCGGUUCCCCAGCCUGCCCGCCCUGGUCCGCAGCUACGUGACCGGCCGGCGUCCCCUGUCCCAGGCCACCAGAGCCGUGGCCUCCCGGCCUGUGACCCGCCAGGGCCCUCUGCACCGCAGCUUGAGCGAGGACACCCUCAUAGACAGCCCAGCGCCAAGAGAACCACUCAGGACUAGGAAGUGGAGCGACAGUCAGCCUGCGGGGCUGGAGCACGCAGGUCGGUCAAGGGAAGACCACUGUGAACCAGGAGCCUCAGCCAUAUCCCCAUCUUCCCUGCCUCGGACAGGCAGUGACCCCUUGCUGCUGAAGCCCCAGGCUCCCCUCGGGGUGGUUGCCAAUGGCCUCCAUGCCUCCGAUGGGCAGCUUCAUGCCAAGCCACCCAUCAAGCCCCCCCGGACACCCUCCCUGGCACUGCCUGAGGCCUCAGAACGUUCCCCAACAUACUGUGAGCUGGUGCCUCGCAUGCCGGGUGCCCAAAGGUCACCGCCUGACCAAGGCCGCCCGGAGCCAGAGGCCCCAUGGUGGGAAGUCCCUGAAGAAGAGGAUGAGGAAGAUGGGUCUUUCCAGCGCCCCCAGGCUGAAGUCUCUUUCAGCCACCCUGACACCCCGUCCUGCCUGCUGGGCCCCCAGAACCGGCCCCUGGAGCCUGGGGUCCUGAAGACUCUCCGGGGCCUAUUCCUGGAGCACCAUCCGGAGAGCACUGCCCUCCACCUGCUCUUGGUGGACUGCCAAGCCACAGGCCUCCUGGGAGUGACCAAAGCCCAGAGGGGAGCCAUGGGGGUGGCCUCAGGUCUGGAGCUGCUGACACUUCCCCAUGGACAUCGAUUGAGGUUGGAACUGCUGGAGAGGCACGAGGCGCUGGAGCUGGCUGGGGCGCUGGCUGUGCUGGGCUGCACGGGGCCGCUGGAGGAGCGCGUGGCCGCGCUCAGGGGUCUGGUGGAGCUGGCGUUGGCGCUGCGGCCAGGAGCAGUGGGGGACUUGCUCGGACUGGCGGCGGUCAUGGGCACCCUGCUCAUGCCCCAGGUAUCCAGGUUGGAGCGCACGUGGCGCCAGCUCCGACAGAGCCACACGGAGGCAGCACUGGCCUUUGAACAGGAGCUAAAGCCACUGAUGAGGUCGCUGGAUGAGAGUGCAGGACCCUGGGAGCCAGGCCCCGUGGCGUUGCCGCACGUGGCGCCGGUGGUGCGCCUGCUGGAGGGCGAGGAGGCGCGGGGGCUGCCAGAGGAGAGCUGUGAGAGGCUGCUAAGCACCCUGAGCCGGGCACGUCAAGUGGCCCGGGACGGGCCCAAGUUUCGCGAGGUGGCAGCCAAGCGCCUGCGAGGAUUCCGGCCCAACCCUCAGCUGAGGGAGGCGCUGACCACUGGCUUUCUGCGGAGAUUGCUCUGGGGCAGCCGUGGGGCAGGGGCGCCCAGAGCCCAGCGCCUGGAGAAGUUUCAACGCGUCCUCAGCACUCUGUCGCUGCGCCUGGAGCCGGCUGACUGAGAGCCCAGCCCUGCCUAUCACACCACUGACCCUGCUGUAGAAACCAAAGGAGUGGCCCUCCCUCCCUCAGUACCCAAAACAACAAAGCCAAGGGCACUGCCAUGGAAUAGAUGUCUACCCUAUAGGGCAGAGCUGCCCCCUGCGAGUGUCGGUGAAUGUGACUCUUGAUGGGAGUAAAGUCCAGGCUUUCCCCUCGUGGAGCACUCCAGUGACUACUGGUUUCGAACUGUGGACCUUGUGGUUGGUUAGCAGCCCACGACGUAACCACUAUGCCACCACUCUCCACGCCCUCUCAGGGACAGGGAAACAGGCAUCCAAAAUCCCUCGCUGCCCAGCAAUGCGCAUGUGGAUAUUGGAUGGCAGGCUGCCUCCUCCCUCAAGACCCAGAUGUCUGAAGGCUGCAUACUCCUGCCCAUCCCUACAUCUGAGGGGGCUUCAAAAAGUUUGAGAGGAAAGGGUCAUCGUUCCAUUAACUUUUUCUGCAUACCUUUUGAGAGUAAAAGGACACACCUGUAA